UCUGAACAGAGCUCUUUGCUGAGACCAUAGUUCCACCCUAAAUAAAGCCCGUCUCAGCCUUAGCCAAGCCAGUCUUCAACCCACCUUUCCUAGGUAUUGACGACAUGAUUCCAUGACAUCCUGUAGAUAGUUCUGACUGCCAACUCUGUCCUUCAUACGAAACGGAGUCUCAUAUGCGGUGCUGAAGCUGCAUUUCCUUACUAUCUUUCAGAUAGCUUACGUUUUUCCCACUCAAGCGAGACCAGAAUGGCUCAGAAUGACGAGUACGAUUAUUUAUUCAAAGUAGUCCUAAUUGGAGAUUCUGGAGUGGGAAAGUCUAAUCUGCUCUCUAGGUUUACCCGCAAUGAGUUUUGCCUGGAGUCGAAGUCGACUAUCGGAGUUGAGUUCGCGACACGAAGCAUUCAGGUUGACGGGAAGACAAUCAAGGCGCAGAUCUGGGAUACGGCAGGGCAAGAGAGAUAUCGCGCCAUCACAAGCGCUUAUUAUCGAGGCGCUGUCGGUUGCCUGCUUGUAUAUGACAUCACGAAGCAUGUGACGUACGAGAACGUUGAAAGAUGGCUGAAGGAAUUACGAGACCACGCAGACUCGAACAUUGUGAUCAUGCUAGUUGGCAACAAGUCUGACUUGAGACACUUGAGAGCAGUGACUACAGAAGAUGCGCACUCUUUUGCUGAGAAAGAAGGAAUAUCUUUUAUUGAGACAUCUGCAUUGGAGUCAACAAAUGUGGAGAACGCGUUUCAUAAAAUCCUGACUGAAAUCUAUCGGAUUGUGAGCAAGAAGGCGCUUAGCCAAGAAGACUCGGGUCCUGCUGGGCCUGGGGAGGGAACUUCCAUCAUUAUUGGGGAUGGAAAUGCAGCUACAUCAGGCUGCUGUGGCUAACGAUACUAUUGGGACCCUAACCACCCUCAGGUGAUUUCGUUUCCUGUACCAUAGUGCUCUGUGUGAAAGUUUA